AUGGCUUACGAAGGCUUCCUAACCAGCAUUUAUGCCGGAAAGAACAUAUUCAGGCCUACCUUCUUCGAGCUUAUUGCGCAAGAUCAACUCGCAGACGUGUUCAGACCUGCCCUGAGAUUUUUUGUCGAGAUCGUCUCAGAGAGAGCCCCACGAGGCUUGCUGCCGUUUCUGGAAUACUGGCAAGCCGUUUACACCUUCUUCCUUCUUUUCCUGGAAGGGUACCACCUGAGAGUGCAUGGAGCCACCUUUGCCGAGCAUUUCUUCGGGUUGAGACGGCAGGAGCCAGAAUCGGAACGGAUGCUGCCACUGGAAGCCCUGGAAAAGGCAAGGCGUAGAUUAGAUGCCCCGCCUCUGAACACCAAACAACGGGCAGCAUCCCUGAUUGUAGCGGUAGUGCUGCCAUGGGUUUGGGCGAAGGGCGAGGAGCGGCUCAGACAGUUGGAGUCAUUUAGGCCAUCCACAACCACAAGCCCAGCCGAUGUUGCACUCCACCGUUUUUUUCCAGCAAUGCAUGCUGCAAGCGCAGGCUUAAGUUUCGCAUAUCGUUUUCUGUACCUGCUUGAACAAACGGGAAUUUGGUCACCCUGGUUGCAUCUGCUGGGCUUGCGGCUUGUGCGACACUUUCCUGAGCCUCCCGGUCAACUUGAAGAAGAGGAAGCUGGCAAAAGUCUGGCCACGCGAGCGCGCGACCUCUUGGUGAUGUGUGGCAAAGGUUCUCUUUGGGGUGGGAUUUACCUGCUUCAAUUCCUGCAGUGGUGGUAUCAACGAGAGCAAAUUCUCCAACCACUUCAAGCGCGGCAGGCGCCGCCCCCACCGCCUGAGCCAUACCCAUAUCCAGAAAGCCUAGGCGGUCCGCUGUCCCAGGGGUCUCGGCGCCAACUAGUUCUUCUGCCAGAGGACAGAGCCAUCUGCGCCCUGUGUCACCGCCGACGCCAAAACCCGGCUAUGUCUUGCAGCGGAUAUGCUUUCUGCUACACUUGCCUAGUACCUCAUGUGCAGCAGCAUGGCCACUGCCCGAUUUCUGGCCAGCAGAUGCUUGUGGAGGAAAUUAGGCGAGUUCGGGACGAUAGCUGA